GGACAUUGUUAUGUGGGCUUACCCUGACAAUAUUGCAAAGAGGUGAUUGGCCAAGCCGUGAGUUGAAUACCCAUUACAUGUAAUGUUCCAGUUAUUAGUACAUCACAAUCGAUAUGCUUCCUUUCUAUAAUUUGUACCAUUGAGAAUAUCAAAAUAACAUGUCAUACAUUUUACUGCAUGCUACCUGUAAAGUUAAUUUGAUUGUAGUGUUUUUUUAUAUUCGUAUAUUAUAGAACUUUAAAGUGCAUUCUUAUUGCACUUACAGUGGUAAGUGAUUAAAGCACAGUUGUGCUACAGUAUGCCAUCAUUAUACAUUGUGAUGUUAAGAAAAGGUUUUUAGAUUUUAAUCCACUGAGGUUUAAAUGUAAUGGACUAUGAGUGUGCUUUAUGUGUGGAAGCUAUGACCUGUCUGUCCCCAAGUUGGGAGCGAACGCGGACUAGUCUAUUUCCAGGUGGGGGUGUGACAUGCAGCAAGCCCUUGAAUCAUAAGUCCACUGUCAGGCUGCAUGUAGAAGCAAGAGAAAUCAAUCUGGCUUACGCAGCAACAAUGACAGGUACCGGGUGAAGUUUGAUGACCCGCGGGUAUGUAAGAGCUUCCUCCUCGCCUGCUGUCCUCAUGAUAUUCUGGCCAGCACGAGAAUGGAUCUGGGUGAGUGCCCCAAGAUUCACGAUUUGGCCCUGCGAGCUGACUAUGAACAGGCAGCCAAGGGGAAGGACUACUACUAUGACAUUGAUGCAAUGGAGCACCUGUCAAGCUUCAUCAGUGAGGUGGAUCGCAAGACUGAAUUGGCCAAACGAAGACUGAAGGACACUCAAGAGGAACUGAGUGAGGAGGCCAAUCAAAAGGCUGAGAUGAUCCAUCAAUUGGGAGAGCAGAUUGGAACAAAGCUAGCCCAAGCAGAGAACAUAGGCAAUGAGGGAAAGGUUGAGGAGUCUCUCCAACUCAUGGAGGAAGUUGAAGAGCUGAAGAAGAAAAAGAGUCAGGCUGAGAUUGAGUUCCGAAACUCUAUGCCUGCAUCAAGCUAUCAGCAACAGAAACUGAGAGUGUGUGAGGUGUGUGGAGCAUACCUUGGUAUCCAUGACAACGACAGACGUCUUGCUGAUCAUUUUGGUGGAAAACUUCAUCUUGGGUUUAUUACCAUCAGAGAGAAACUGGAUGAACUCAAGCAAAUGGUUGCUGACCGUCGCACACAACGUGAGAAAGAGCGGGAAGAGAUGAGAAAGAAUCGGGAACUUCGCGAAGAAGAGGAGAGAACUCGUCGUCGUCGCACAAGGAGCAGGAGUAGAAGUCGCAGCCGGAGCCGAGAAAAGAGGCGUCGCUCCAGGAGUCGCAGCAAGAGAUCAAGAUCAAGGUCUCGUGACAGACGUUCUAAAAAGAGAUCAAGGCGAUCUCGAUCAAGAUCGCGCGCUCCAGGAGGUCAAGGUCAAAAUCCAGGAGACACAGGUCAAGAUCACGAUCGAGACGUUCCCACAGUCGGUCUCGAAGAUCCAGGUCCAGAAGAAGAUCCAGGUCCAGAAGUAAGUCAAGAAGGUCAAGGUCUCGAAGUAGGUCAAGUCGGAAGCACAGACGAAGGUCUCGUUCGAGGUCAAGGUCUAGGAGCAGGUCGAAGAGGAGUAGAAGUGAAGAUAGGAAAAGACGAUCAGUAUCAGUUUCUGGGGGCAGUGAUAACGAUGAGUGUAGUAAGAAGAAGAAGGAAGAUAAUGGUUCUGAGGGUGAAGCUGACAAGUAGAUGUCUAGCAUAACUGGACACCUGUUAAGAUGCUACACAUUGGCUCCGUCUCAGUGUAAAUGUCAGAAUAAACCCUGUAAUGAAUUUGUCAUAAUGACCUCCAUUUUGGGAAUACUUGUGAAACAUGUACAAACUGCUUUUAUUUGUGUGAUGUAUAUGAAAUAGCAAUUUUAAGAUCUGAUGUGCAAACUUAGAAAACAGAUCGAGGUUUAAGUUGUUUUAGAUUGAAAUGAAUGUAACAUACUUUUUCAACCUUAUUAGUAUUUGGUCCGUGCAGAAGCCCCUUCCCGACUGCAGUGUUUUCCCACUGAAGUGUCCCCAUAGGUCAGUUUUAAAUUUGAUGUUACCAUUUCCUGGUGGAUUAUUUUCAAGCUAUCAGUGAUAACUGUAAAAGCAUUAAUGUCAGGCAUUUGGGGCAAAACAUUUUGCUUAAUAUUGUACAUAUGCAAUUUUGUUGAAAGACUGUAUGCAUGAGCUUAUUGUUUAUUCAUUUUUGUCACCUAAAGUAACUCUUCAUUUUUUGCAAAUUUGUAUUGACAUUACUGUUUCAACUAUUAUAUUCAUUUUCGACUAAGUUGACUUGGUUGUAAAAAAUCUUUUUAUCUGGGUUUUAGUCGAUUAUUUUAAGUAGUUGAACUCCCCAAAUAUAUCAAGAAAGACUUUCCAUCUGAAGCUGCUUGAGUUAACUAAAUAAGUCUACUUGACAGUAUUGAUUUUUUUUGGUAUUAAGACUGAAGUAGUCUUUAUGUGGUCUUUUCAAGUUUGCACAGCUGAAAUCAAAAUGUUGAAGUAUGAAUUCUCACUAUAUUAUGAUGCAUCAGAUAAAGUUGUGUGUAAUUCAAUUUGUUUUUUUCAAAUCUUGGAUUGUAGUUAAAAAGAAUAUUUAUGAUGUAUGUCCAGUGCACAAUGGUGCAGAGUAAACCAGUCAUUUUGUACCACAUUAGAUGGUCUCUUUCAAGCAUGUAAGUGUUCGUAUUUGUGAGGCCAGUUAAGGCCUACAAAUUAACUUCUAUGGCAAUAUUGCAUUAUGAUAAGUGACUAUUUUAAAUAAACCAGGUUUAAUUGA